UAUGGUUGGAGCAAGGGAACUUGCGAUUUCAUGGAAAGGCUGUUGGGAUUUUACGCCGAAUGCAAAAUCCAGAUUUUCAGAGGUGGCGAAACUACAAUCGAUAGGAUGGAUACACAUUCAAGGCAAGAUAACAACUCGAAUGUUGUCUCAAAACACGAACUACGCCGCGUACAUGGUGUUCUUGUUAGAGAGGAUGGACGGCCUUAGAUCAUCGAAAACCAUAGUACGAUUUCUCAAAAAUCAUCAAUCAAUAAGUAAUACGAGCAAAAACGGGAAUUUUGAAUCCAGAGAAACCGGGAAAAUAGCGAGAACAAGAGGCGAUGGAUGGAUGGAGAUAGAAAUGGGAAAGUUCUACAACGGCUAUAGCGAAGAAUACGGUGAGGUCGUCGAGGCAUGGUUGACUGAAAUUCACAACCCGGAAGGCAAAUCCGGGCUCGUAGUCGAAGGUAUUGAAUUUCGACCCCUCUAGAA